UUUCAGCCAACAGUUCUUCCCUACCAAAAUUUCAAAGAUGAAGAAGACGCACAAAUCUUAAAAGAUGCCAUGGACGGCCUGGGAACAAAUGAGGAAGCAAUCAUACAAAUAUUGAGCAAGAGAACAAAUGAACAAAGGAGAAUGAUAGCAAAUACCUACAAAACCAUGUUUGGCGAGGAUUUAAUAGAUGAUCUGAAAAGUGAGCUUGGUGGACACUUCGAAGAUGUGAUAAUGGCUCUAUUAGAAGAACCCGUAGAGUAUCAAGUCAAAGAACUCCGCAAUGCAAUAAGUGGAAUGGGGACAGAUGACUGCACCAUAGUUGAAAUCCUUUCGGUCCAUAACAACGAAGAAGUAUUACAAAUCGCUAACAGAUAUCAAGAGAGUAAGUGA